UCUCCUACAUUCCUUAUCGGUUUCGGACUGGAAACUGUGGGAGGCACCAUACGCCGUUGGUGUUACCGCACCCUCGGACGCCAUUUCACACUGGAAAUGUCCAUUCUCGAGAAGCACCAACUCAUCACCUCAGGACCAUACGCAUACGUCCGCCAUCCAAGCUAUCCCAGCGGAAUCGCCAGUCUUGUUGGAUGGGGGAUAUGGAUGACCAGUCCGGGUUCGUGGUUUGUAGAAUGCAGUGUGACCAAUACACUUGCUGGACAGAUAUGUUUGUCGAUCUACAUAGCUAUCACUGCUUUCAGUGCAGUUUGUCUCGUGCAUAGAUCAUAUGACGAAGAUCGCUUACUGAAGAAACAGUUUGGGGAGGAAUGGGAGGGAUGGGCGAAGAGAGUCCGUUGUCGAAUAAUUCCUUAUAUUUACUGACUUAUAAUCUCAAUAGACGUACCCCAUAUAUUCUUUUGACUUGAUAGUGGAAUAUUUGAACCAUGCUGUAACAGGAUGCGAACUGUCUGCAUGACUGAAUGCACACGGCGCUCGGACGUGAAUGGCUAUCGGCUUGCAUCGCAUUCAUUUCCACACUACCAAAUUGCUCGCCCUUUAUCGGCUACUUAUCCUGCAUCUAC